UUCCGACUGGGGUCUGAACCCGCUUGGGUCUUCGAUGAAUUGCCCAAGGCUACGAUCGUCUCCGUCUCCCGCCCCGAUGUCAGUGACAUCAGCCCCUUGCUUCUCUCCUACACCAUCCAGUUCAAGUACAAACAGGUUGUACCAUUUUGGUAUCAGAGUAGAUGAUCAUUGGGGGAUUUUCAACUUUACAUCAUCUCCCAAUGCCUUCGAAGGGAGUGACACAAGAAGAGUUUGUGCAAGUAAUCCAAUUGAUUUGUGGCAAAGCGGGUAGAUCAACUCAUGCAACUAGUAGGCAAUCUCACUAAUCAAGGGGGAGAGCUUUAGCGUGGAGGGAAUUCAAAGACUGAAGUUGAAGCACGUGGACACAUAGGGAAAGGUCCCCACUAAGGUCCUAACUAACAACAGGCGACCUCGGCUUGUGAAUGCACCAAUGAUCGAAUCUUUCAAUCGUUGGAACGUAACAAAGAACCCAAAAUCAAGAUGGCGUUUGGUGAAGAAAGCUCCACAAGUUUUCUUUUUGCAUUUUGCAUUGAAGAAACGUGCAAUUAUCGAGGAAAUUCAUGAGAAACAAGAACAGGUUAAAGAAUGGCUUCAAAACCUAGGGAUAGGAGAGCACACAACAGCUGUACAAGAUGAUGAUGAAGCUGAUUAUGACAAUGUUCCUUCACAUCAUGAGGAAAGCUAUUCAUCCAGAAACAGAAAUGUCCCUUCUAGAGCCGCUUUACCGAUCAUUCGACCAGCAAUAGGAAGACAACAAUCUAUUUCAGACAGAGCAAAAGUUGCAAUGCAAGAGUACUUGAAUCACUUUUUGGGAAAUUUGGACAUUGCAAAUUCUCGUGAGGUUUGCAAAUUUUUGGAGGUUUCGAAGUUAUCAUUUUUGCCAGAGUAUGGUCCUAAACUGAAAGAGGACUUUGUAAUGGUGAAACACCUGCCAAAAAUUGUGAAGGAUGAAGAUAAAAAAUGUUGCACUUGCCACUGGUUUAGUUGUUGUAAUGGAAAUUGGCAGAAGGUAUGGGCGGUACUGAAACCUGGGUUCUUGGCCUUGCUUGAAGAUCCUUUCAACACCAGGCUUUUAGAUAUAAUUGUAUUUGAUGUACUUCCAUCUUCAGAUGGAAAUGGAGAAGGUAGACUUUCUCUAGCAAGAGAGAUAAAGGAACAUAAUCCUCUACGUUACGGAUUUAGGGUGUCUUGUGGGACUCGGAGUAUAAAAUUACGAGCUAAAAGUAGUGGUAAAGUUAAAGAUUGGAUUGCUGCAAUUAAUGAUGCUGGCUUAAGACCUCCUGAAGGCUGGUGCCAUCCCCACCGCUUUGGUUCUUUUGCUCCACCAAGGGGUUUGACAGAAGAUGGAAGUCAGGCUCAGUGGUUUGUAGAUGGGAAAGCUGCAUUUGAAGCAAUUGCUUCAUCAAUUGAAGAAGCAAAAUCAGAGAUAUUUAUUACUGAUUGGUGGCUGUGCCCAGAACUGUAUCUUCGUCGCCCUUUUCACGAUCAUGGGCAAUACCGACUUGAUACUCUACUGGAAGCAAAAGCUAAGCAAGGCGUGCAGAUUUAUAUCCUUUUGUACAAAGAAGUUGCACUUGCUUUGAAAAUCAACAGCGUGUAUAGUAAGCAAAGGCUUCUUAACAUUCACGAGAAUGUGAGAGUUCUACGUUAUCCUGAUCAUUUCUCAACCGGAGUUUAUCUAUGGUCCCAUCAUGAAAAAAUUGUGAUUGUUGAUUAUCAAGUUUGCUAUAUUGGAGGGCUGGAUUUGUGUUUCGGCCGCUAUGAUACCUUUGAACACAAAGUGGGUGAUUACCCUCCCCAGAUAUGGCCUGGAAAGGACUAUUAUAAUCCCAGGGAAUCUGAACCAAAUUCAUGGGAAGAUACAAUGAAAGAUGAAUUGGAUCGUAAGAAAUAUCCUCGCAUGCCAUGGCAUGAUGUCCACUGUGCUCUUUGGGGACCACCUUGUCGUGAUGUAGCAAGGCACUUUGUUCAGCGAUGGAACUUUGCAAAGAGAAACAAAGCUCUGAAUGAGCAGGCAAUUCCUCUACUUAUGCCUCAGCACCACAUGGUCAUUCCACAUUAUAUGGGAAAGAGCAAAGAAAUAGAUGUCCAAAAUAACAAACAGGAUGAAAACCACGAGGGCAUCAAAAGGCAGUUUUCAUUACCUUCCCGGUCCUCCUACCAGGAUGUUCCAUUGCUUUUACCACAGGGGGCUGAUGGAGUAGAUAUUUCCAAUGUAAACGAAAAGCCGAAUGGGUUGGAUAUGAUUCACAAUUGUGUUGAUCAUCCCAACAGAAUAAAUCGGAGUCUUCCUUUCUCAUUUAGGAAGUCCAAAGUCGAACCAUCCAUUGCAGAUAUGCAGAUGAAAGGCUUUGUGGAUGACCUUGAUGUUAUAUAUCACCAAAGGGAAGUGUCUAUGAAUACAGUGGCGCAUCUAGGCAUGAAACAUUUGGAUCAGGAGUGGUGGGAAACCCAAGAGAGGGGUGAUCAGGUUGUUUCUGCCGAUGAAGCUGGACAAGUUGGUCCUUGCACCUCAUGUCGUUGUCAGGUUAUUAGGAGUGUUGGCCAGUGGUCUGCUGGAACAAGUCAAACAGAAGACAGCAUCCACAAUGCUUAUUGCUCUCUCAUUGAGAAAGCAGAAUACUUUAUUUACAUUGAGAAUCAAUUUUUUAUAUCAGGUAUUUCAGGAGAUGACAUAAUACGGAACCGUGUUUUAGAAGCAUUGUACAGUCGUAUCUUGCGAGCAGAUAGAGAAAAGAAGUGUUUCAGAGUUAUUAUUGUCCUACCUCUCUUACCUGGGUUCCAGGGAGGUUUGGAUGACAGUGGUGCAGCAUCGGUUAGAGCCAUUAUGCAUUGGCAAUAUCGAACCAUUUGCAGGGGACCAAAUUCCAUCCUGAAGAACCUUUAUGAUCUGCUUGGUCCUAAAACUGAUGAUUAUAUUUCUUUUUAUGGUCUGAGAACUUUUGGUAGACUUCAUGAUGACGGCCCUCUGGCUACCAGCCAGGUGUAUGUGCACAGCAAACUGAUGAUAAUCGAUGACCGUAUAGUCUUGCUUGGAUCAGCUAACAUAAACGAUAGGAGUUUACUGGGUUCGAGAGACUCUGAGAUCGGUGUAGUUAUUGAAGAUAAGGAUUUCAUUGACUCAUUUAUGAAUGGAAGAUCAUGGAAGGCUGGAAAGUUCGCUUUUAGUCUUCGCCAGUCUCUAUGGUCUGAACACCUUGGUCUUCAUGUGGGAGAGAUGAGUCGAAUCAGUGACCCUGUCAAUGAUGCAACAUACAAGGAUAUUUGGAUGGCAACUGCAAAGACAAACUCCAUGAUAUACCAAGAUGUCUUUGCAUGCAUCCCCAACGAUCUUAAUCAUUCCAGAUCUGCAAUCAGACAAAACAUGUCAUAUUGGAAGGAGAAACUUGGGCAUACGACCAUUGAUUUGGGGAUUGCUCCAAACAAGCUUGAGACCUAUCAGAACGGAGACAUCAAAUCCAUUGAUCCCAUGGAGAGACUGGAGUCGGUGAAAGGGUAUCUUGUUUCUUUCCCCUUGGAUUUCAUGUGCCAAGAAGAUUUGAGACCAGUAUUCAAUGAGAGCGAGUUCUACGCAUCUCCUCAAGUCUUUCAUUAAGUUAUUUAUUGGGCCAUGUUCUAAUAGAGCCACGAUUGUAUGGUCCAAACACCUGCGAAAGCUGUGCCCUUGGCAUAUGUUGUAUUUUAGGAAUUUUAGAGGAAAUCAAAGGAAUCGAGGAGAAAAGAAAUGGCUUUCAUUGAAGCCUUAUAAUCUAUGUGUACUCAUUGAAAAUGAAAAAAGAACUGCAUUCAUUUAUUUUUAUUUU